CCUACGGGCCUGGGUGACAUCUGGUGACAGACAUCCCAUACCUCGUCUUGCGGUCACUGGAGGAGAACCAGCAGAACACAACUGCACCCAGUGGACCACUUCCACGGAAACCACAACUGUCGGAGUGUCCGCAAUGGUCGUGAGACACCUCGUCAUCCUGCUUGUCUUCGUCUCAUGGGUCGCCGGGUUCAAGGACUACAGCGACCGCAUUCCCAACGGAGUUCGGGUGCCCCACCCGUGUAAGGACAACUACCUGUGGCACGGGGUGGGCCACCUCAACAGUCAGGGUGGUGGCUCCAGGAAUGUCUUCGGGGUAGCGUUUGAAAAGGCCGGUCACGUGUGGACAAGAGACCUAUGUCAGGCAGACUCUGAUGGAGAUGGCAAAACUAACGGCGAGGAGUUGGGGGACCCCAGGUGUGUCUGGACACCUGGCACCACACCUGAGAGAACCAUCGGCAUCACGCACCCAGGUGUCUGCGAGCCACUGGAAAGUGAAGAAUGUCAGAAUAAGCCAGUCCCUGCCACCCCGGGUGAGGUGUACAAAUUUCAGAGAGACUGGAUAGCUGAAGCAUGCAAGAGCAAUGAGUUUGUGUGCGAGCAGCUCAACACGACAGCGGAUGUCCGCAAGAUGGAGCUGCGCAUCCCGCCCACCCCAGUGCCUGCCAAGGAAACCACCUACAUGUGUUCUUUCUUCGACUUCGAGAACGUCACCACCGACUUCCACAUCAUCGCCACCACCCCGAUCAUCAACAACAGCUACGUCAUGCACCACAUGCUGCUGUUUGGGUGUCAAGAGGGGUUGACAGGCCAUGCAGUUAAAGAACCGUUCGAGUGCAACAUGGGAGGCUGCGCUGAUAUCAUCGGGAUUUGGACCCUGGGACUGAACGGCCAGUGCUUUCACCCACAAGCAGGUUAUAAAGUCGGGGCCACGGGUUACAAACGGAUGAUGAUACAGUACCACUGGAACAACCCCUUGCUGCGGUCUGACUUCGUGGACAGUUCUGGAAUCACCCUGUACUACACCCCUAACCUCCGACCUUACAACCUGGCCACGCUAAUGACUGGUCAAAAUUACCUGGAGAUUCCUCCCUACACUAACCUCACCAUAGCAACCUCCGACUGCACAGCAACGUGCACCAGGAAACUUCUCAAAGGCGACAUCCACGUCGUGGAUGCUCUCAACCACAUGCACUACCUGGGCAAAAGCAUGUACCUGGAACAUCAUCGAGACGGUCAGCUGCUGACAUACUUCGCCAAGGAUCCUGCCUACAACUACGACAACCCAACAUUCUACCAGUUCCCGGAGCCAGUGGUAGUCAAGCCAGGGGACGUAGUCAGGACGACCUGUCACUUCAAGUCCACCGACAAACCCUUCACCACCUUCGAAGGGGAGGGCACCUCCGACGAGAUGUGUUUUGGUUUUCUGUCGUUCUACCCGGCCGAGAACCUUCCAACCAACAAACAGUGUGUGUCGGCCUAUCGAAACCUGAUCAGCUGUGACCCGGAGACAAACCUGGGGUGUGAUGUCGACGAGUGGGGGAAGUUCUGGCUGCCGCUAAAUACCACCAGCGUCUACCACAACAUCACCGCCGUCUGCAAGCCGUUUGGAGUGUGCACGCAGGAGUGCAGAGCCGCGUUCUCACGUGCCGUGCAGCACGAGCCGUGCAUGAAGAACCCUGAUGCGUGGGACUUCAUCAAGUACCAGUUCCUGUCCCUCCACGACUCGGGUAGAACCCUGUUGUCAAGUGUCCUGCCCUGUGAAGUCAGCAUCUACAAGGACAGCCUCUCAGAAAGGGAACCAGACCCUUCAAGUUCGAAUCUUGCCUCUGGGGCUGCUUGCAUGAACAUGGUCACGCCAGUCAUGUUGCUUUCUGUGUUUUGGUUCCGGACCUGGAGCUGAGCAGCGCAUGGAGCUUUGUUUACCAUAAACAAAAGCCGAUGAUCGACAAAACCAACCUCCUCACCGCUUAUGAAAACCAAGAAAACAAAACUUUAAAUGUCUGCCCCUAGUUUCCUCC